UGGUUAUCAACGGUUAAUCCCCUCCAACUGUUCCUGGAAGCGUUAUCUCUCCUCCACCUCAAUUUCUGCUCUGUCUUCGUUCCUCUAAAAUGGCUAUGGCUUCCUCAUUUUCGCCUUCCUCUUCGCGCCUUUACUCCCGUAGUCACAAUCAUCAUCUCACUCUCUCUGCUCCUUUCUCUGUACCCCCCUCUCGAAUCCUCUUCAAUUUGUCUCAAACUCUCUCUUCCCCCAAUAAGCUUGCAGUGAAUUCAAUCAAGUGCAGCAGCAACGAAGCUUCUUCUACACCAACAACUGCUCGAAAGCUUGGGGUAUCAGUUUACAAGCCUAAAUCAUACGAAGUUCUUGUUACCGACGCCGCUAAUUCCCUCGCUUGUGCUCUCGACGAUGGCAAAACCCGCCUUGAAAUCGAUUUUCCGCCAUUGCCAACCAGCAUUUCUUCAUAUAAGGGAUCUUCAGAUGAGUUUAGUGAUGCCAAUGUUCAACUUGCCUUGGCUGUUGUUAGGAAGCUUAAAGAGAGAAGGGAAACACGAGCUUGCGUUGUGUUUCCUGAUAAUCCAGAAAAACGAAGAGCCUCCGAGCUGUUCAAAUCAGCUAUUGACUUGAUUGAUGAGAUCACUAUUGGUUCCUUGGAUGAUAUUCCCACUGGUCCUGUUGGUUCUUUCUUCAGAUCUAUAAGGAACACUCUUGAUUUUGAUUUUGAUGAUGACAAUCAAGAAAGGUGGCUGUCUGACAAACCACCAACACUUUUUGUAUUCAUCAGUUGCAGCACCCGUGAACUUGCUACCAUUGAGAAAUAUCUGGAAAAGUUUGGUGGAUCAACACCCGCCCUCCUAUUUAAUCUGGAGCUUGAAACUUUGCGAGCUGACCUUGGCCUUGUUGGUUUUCCACCCAAGGAUUUACACUACCGAUUUCUUUCUCAGUUUGUUCCAGUCUUUUAUAUUCGAAUAAGAGAGUAUUCCAAGACAGUGGCAGUACCACCAUACAUUGUUAAUUACGAUGGUGCCCUCUUCCGCCAAUACCCAGGACCCUGGCAGGUGAUGCUUAAGCAAGCAGAUAAUUCGUAUGCCUGUGUUGCAGAAAGCGAAACGCGCUUCACGCUUAAUGAAACCAAGGAAGAAUUACUGAGGGUACUUGGACUCAAGGAGGAACAAGGAAGCCAACUUGAAUUCCUUCGUCGUGGUUACAGGAAAGCAACAUGGUGGGAGGAAGACGUGGAUUUGGAGUUAUCUUCCGCAUGGCGUACCUGAGACUCUGAGAGUGAGUUAACCCCCCAUACAAACAUCAAGAGAUGUGGUGGGGAUGGGGUACCAUAAUUUAUUCACAUAUGUAUAUCAUAAGUACACAAUUUUCCUGUUUAUAUUAUUUUCUGCUUUCAUUUU